AUGGAUAAAACAGUUGAAUCUAAUAAUGGAAGCGCAUUUCUCCGAGGGUUGACUACAGAAUCAGCUAAUCCAAGCAAAAAAGGCAAACGAUUAAUUGCUGCUCUGCAUAUUGGCAGUGCUGUUGGUUUUGUUCCUGGCGGGCUUCUAUAUUUCGAAACGAGGAAAUAUAUCGGGGAUCAUCACAAUGAGAUGGACAGCGACACAUUUCUCAAAUGGUUCAAAAAUAUUUUACCAUCACUAGACGACAAUGCUGUUAUUGUUAUGAACAACGCUUCGUGUCAUUCCGUGAAAUUGGAACAACUGCCAAAUGCUUCGUGGAAAAAAUGCGAAAUAAUAAAAUGGUUAGAAGAUAAAGGAAAAGAAAUAUCAGAAGACAUGGUAAAGGCCGAACUUUUGCAAAUUGUUGCGUUACAAAAAAACAGGUUUGAUAAAUAUGUCAUAGAUGAAAUGGCAAAACAGGACAAUAAAACAGUUCUCAGAUUACCUCCAUAUUAUUGUGAACUUAAUCCAAUUGAAAUGGUGUGGUCAAUGGUUAAGGAAUACGUGAAGAAUAAUAAUAAAACCUUUUUAAAAGAUGUAAAAUUAUUACUUGAACAAGGUAUUAAUCAAAUGACAACUGAAUAUUGGAGUAAUUUUAUUAGACAAGUUAGAAAUGAAAAAAAAAGAUGUGGGAGAUCGACUAUUUAG